AUGUCUGAACCGAACUUGAAGCCCAGCUAUGACGAUGAUGAAGUCAAUGAGGAUGUCUACAAAAGAGGAGCUCAAAGUAAAUUGACCAAAGCUCGUAAGGCCGACUAUGAUGAAGAAAAGGACAAUAAAAAAGAUAAGAAAACUGAUUCUAGUGACAGACACGUGGACAAAAGGCCAAAAAGUGGCCCUCGUUUAGAUGAAAAUGGAAAUCCACUUCCUAAGGAGCCUCGUCUUCCAAAGAGAAAAGUGGCUGUUAUGGUUGGUUAUUGUGGUACUGGCUAUCACGGUAUGCAAUAUAAUCCACCAAAUCCAACAAUUGAGUCUGCUCUUUUCAAAGCAUUUGUUGAAGCAGGUGCUAUUUCCAAGGAUAACUCCAACGAUUUGAAAAAGAAUGGUUUCAUGAGAGCUGCUAGAACUGAUAAGGGUGUCCAUGCAGGUGGUAAUUUAAUAUCAUUGAAGAUGAUCAUUGAAGAUCCUGAUAUCAAACAGAAGAUCAACGACAAGUUACCGGAGGGAAUAAGAGUGUGGGACAUUGAACGUGUGAACAAGGCAUUUGACUGUAGAAAAAUGUGCAGUUCACGUUGGUAUGAAUAUUUAUUACCCACGUAUUCACUCAUUGGCCCCAAACCUGGUUCCAUUCUUUACAGGGACAUCGAAGAAAGUAAACUAGAAUUACCAGGUGUGUUAGAUGAAGAUGUAGAGUCCAAAGAAUUCUGGGAAGAAUUCAAGAGAGAUGCGAACGAGAAAUUUUCUACAGAAGAGAUUGAAGCGAUACUGGCAUAUGCUCCACCAGCCAGGGAUGAGUUCGAUAUAAAUGAAGAACUAUAUCAGAAAGUAAAAAAAUACAAGCAAUUAGAGAAUGCUCACCGUAGAAGAUAUCGUAUAUCUGCUGCAAAGUUGGCAAAAUUCCGCGCUUCUACAGAACAAUACCUCGGCGCCCACAACUUCCACAAUUUCACAUUAGGCAAGGAUUUCAAAGAACCGAGUGCCAUUCGGUUUAUGAAGGAAAUAAAAGUAUCAGAUCCCUUUGUAAUCGGUGAUGCUCAAACGGAAUGGGUUUCUGUUAAGAUCCACGGCCAAUCUUUCAUGCUACAUCAAAUUCGUAAAAUGAUCUCAAUGGCAACCCUAAUUACUCGUUGUGGUUGCCCCGUCGAACGUAUUAGCCAGGCUUAUGGACAACAGAAGAUUAAUGUACCAAAAGCACCUGCAUUGGGGCUAUUGCUAGAAGCGCCAGUAUUUGAAGGUUACAAUAAAAGAUUAGAGCAGUUUGGUUACAAGGCGAUCGAUUUUUCUAAAUAUCAAGAGGAGGUGGAUAAGUUUAAAAUGAAACACAUUUACGACAAGAUCUAUAAAGAAGAAGUGGAUGAAAAUGUUUUUAAUGCAUUCUUCAGUUAUAUCGAUAGUUUCAACAAAGUUACAGGCGCGCAAGGGGAAGAGACUGCUGACAAGUCGGGACUUGCUGUGCAAAGAAGCAUUUUUGAAUUUCUAACAGCCAGAGGUAUCCCAGGUCUUACUGGUGCUCCUGAAAGUAAUAAAAAGAUCAAACAAAGGAAAAGAAUGGAAGAGGAAGAAGCUAAGAAUAAAGAUGCUGAAACACCAACCGUAAUUCAGUGCAAUGAGUGA